AUGAUAUUAUUCUUUUCUGUUUUAUUUUCCCUUACACAUUGAGAAAAAAUGCAGUCACAGUCACGACGUACCCACUAUGCUUUGACGAGGCUGAAUAAUCAACACACCACAGUUGCUCCUGGUGAUACUUUCAUCCUACACAUCCAGGUUUUAUAUUUUCCAAUCCGACCAGGAUGCUUAGAGCAUCAUUUUUCACCAAGACCAAUAUCCUCUCUGGAUUUCUUCCAACAUGGUCAAAACCUCUUAUGCUCAACCUUGUCACAUUCACGCUUUGUCAUUGAUUCUCUUGAAGAUGUAUGUGAAAGGAUUGUUUAUAGUGUUAGAGAAAUGUUUCAAGUUGGUAGCAUUUCUGAUUUUCUUUCUUUGGAAUUUCAAAACCGUGUCAUCCCUUUAUCGCUGUCAGUGUUAAUAUUGGAUGAUGGAGUGCAUGCAGCUACUGAAGAGUCCAGGCAGAGUUUCCAGAGUUCUAGAAGAAAUCAUUGGCAGCCUUCUAGAAGGAAUCAGAGACAACCUUCUAGAGGGAAUCAUAUGUCCAAGGAAGCUAUAAUAAGUACCUUCCUGAAGAAAUGUACUGUUAUGGUAGGAAGUGAAGAUUGUUGUAUCUGUUUAGAAGAGUUGAAUAUCAAUGCUGAGUGCUACACCAUGCCAUGUCAACAUGUCUUUCACCUACCAUGUAUUCUCACAUGGCUCAAAACCAGUAAUGUCUGUCCCUUGUGUCGCUACUCUUUACCAUCAAGCGGAAACUAGCAAGAAUAUUACAGUCAUAUGAUAAAAAAAUUUUAAUAAGUUCUGUUAAGUUCAUGUCAUGUUGCUUCAGCUGUUCAAACUUUUAAGUAAGUUGUGUUAAAUUUCAAUGUAAUGUUACUUCAGUGGUUUUUUCUCUUUAGCUCAAUGUGUAUGUUCUUAAGGUUACCCAAGACAAUCCUUGUUUUAUUCACUUUAGUGUCCAAGAUUUACA